UGUACUAUAUAUUCAUGAGUAGGCUUCAUAAUAACAUGUAUGAGUAGUGUGAUAUUCUCCUAUCAAUAAGACUUCUAAAUUAUCAGUAUCAAUUUUAUAGGUUUUCACUUAUAAGUUUUCACUUUCCCAUAUUUUCUUUUAUGGCGGCCAGGUUGCCACAUGUCGUUUCUUGGAUAAUUGAUUCUGGAGCUACUGAGCAUAUCACGUGUGAUGAUAUUAAUCUUUUUAAUAUUAUCAGUCCUGCAUGGGAACCAUCAGUUAAAAUUCCUAAUGGUGAAUCCAUUCCAGUUCAUGUCGUGGGAAGUUUAUACUUACCUAAUGGGUUCCAUCUUGAACGCGUUCUAUACAUUCCAAAAUUCCAAUGCAACCUACUUUCAGUUAGUCGCUUAACAAGCGAUCUGAACUGUACAUUUACAUUUUUUCCAGACUCCUGUAUUUUACAGGACGUACCCUCUAGGAAGCUGAUUGGCGUGGGUAAAUUCCGUAAUGGUCUCUAUUACUUGGAAUGUCCAAAAAAUGAAGCGGUAGCAAUGUCAGUUACCUCUAAUUUAUGGCAUCAACGUUUGGGGCAUGCAUCUGAUGGAAAAUUACAUCAUAUUAGUUCUCUCAAGGGAUUUCACCGAUGCAACAAUUUCUGUGAUCCUUGCGUCCGAGCUAAGCAGACUAGACUACCUUUUUCUACAAGUGCUAUUAAAACAACUCGCUGUUUUGAGAUGAUACAUUGCGACAUUUGGGGACCUUAUAGGUGUGAUUCAAUCUCCGGUGCAAGGUAUUUUCUAUCUAUAGUUGAUGAUUUUACUAGAGGUGUAUGGGUUUAUUUAAUGAAAAAUAAAUCUAUAGUUCCUCAAUUUUUAAUCCAAUUCUGCAACAUGGUCAAUACCCAAUUUGAGCAAAAGGUCAAACGAAUACGGACUGAUAAUGGUGUAGAAUUUCAAACCAACAUUUUAUUUGAUUAUUAUAAACGGAGUGGAAUAUUGUUGGAAACAUCAUGUACAGACACGCCACAACAAAAUGGAGUUGUUGAGCGUAAGCAUAGACAUAUAUUGGAAGUGGCAAGGGCACUACGUUUCCAGUCUGGCUUACCUAUUGAUUUUUGGGGUGAAUGCAUAUUAACUGUUGUUUAUAUUAUUAAUAGACUUCCUUCUCCCAUUAUUUCAAACAAAAGCCCUUUUGAGAUGCUAUUUGG